GGUUGGAAAACGAGCUUUGCAUCAGGGGAAGAAAUGUUUAUCACCGUCCUUUUUGGAGAAAGCAGAAUGGAAAUGUUUAACAUCAACUGCAAACUGAUACACUUUGUCAACAAUUUGAAGGAGCGUUGUGGUGUGGACUGGAAAGACUGUGUGGACCUAAUGAACAGCAACGGGGCAGUAAUGAACUUGGAAGCCAAACAGCUCAGUGUGGAUCUGGCCAGCAGCCUGCUGGCAGAGAGGCAGCACUACGUCCUCCUACAAGUUUGUCGAAAUUAUAACAAUGGAAGCCAGAAGUAUACUUCCCUUUUACGCAAUGUCAGCCAAAGUCAUCCAGAAUUAAAAGAGCUCCUGAGGAAAGUGUGCAACCCCGGCCAAGAGCAAGACAAGAAGGUCCGAGGACGCAUCCGCAGGAGGGCUCUGGCCUCCCAGAGCUCCAGCAAAAAUGUCUGUCAACCAUGAGAAGUGGGAUCCAUCUAUUAUUUUAACCACUUGAUCUAUGGAGUUUUCGAGGCUAAGGCCGGGAAGACAAGCAACCAUUCACAUCAGAUCUUCAUUGUCAUACGGGAGAGUAAAUAUGUAUAAGAAAUAUGUACUACAUCUUAAAACCCUAAAUUGGGAUAUUGAAAAAUUACAUGUGAGAGUGAAGCACAUCAGUUUGUACCACAGUACUACUAAACUAUAGACAGAAAGGCCAAUCGGAAACUUUUGGCUGUGAGGCAGACAUGCUAGCUGCCAUAUGGCGUAGAUGGAUGAUUAAAAAUGGCAUUAUCUCAAACACAGAGAUGCUUGUGUUUGAUACGAGCAUCAAGUGACCUCAAGACGUUUUGUUAACCACGCUAGGUGGGACAACGACAUUCUGAAUCAAGAACUCAUCAAA